AGGCAAUUCAAGACAGUAACAAUUGUGCGUUAUGGACAUUGGAACUCAUUGGAGAAACUAAUAUGUUAUUUACAUACCCUACGUGCUGCUUUUGCUUGAAGAAUCAUAGGAAGCAAAUAUGGCGGUCCCGUUUUGUACUACGACAACCCUGUGAGGUGGGCUCCUCAGCCAAUGAGCUCCAAGCCUUUCCAGUCCAUUUUCCCUUCUGGCCCCUGUCAGGCUCGGCCUCUCCUGCCACCUUGUUCUUUCGAGAGACCGGCUCAGGUGGGACAGCAGGCCCCCCCCUGCAGCAUGGCUGUUCUGUACCAGACGCUUCCAAGGGGCCGCCUGACCUUUGGGGUCUCCUCCGUCAAGCUCUCAGACGUGAGCGAGACGCUUCUUCUCUCUCCCUUAAAAAGCCCCAUUUCUCUGAGUGUGGGGCAGCCCCCCCCCUCACCCUGCUCCCUCCGCUUUGCCUGCAGAAGAAGCCCUGGGAGAAGCUGAGGAGCCUGGUGCAGUGGUCGCCCUGCGUGGUCUCCUUCCGGAAGCACUACCCCUGGGUUCAGCUCGCUGGCCAUGCAGGUAACUUCAAGGCCGGGGAUUUGGGCCACGUCUUGAAGAGACACUGCUCCAACGAGCAGCAGUGCCUGGAGCGCCUGGGGGGCGAUGCGUUGCAGCCCUUCGUCCCAGCCUAUUAUGGGAUGGUGGAGCACGAUGGGGAGCCCUAUAUCCAGAUGGAGGACCUGCUUUCCGGCUUCGAGAACCCUUCCAUCAUGGACUGCAAAAUGGGCGUCAGGACGUACCUGGAGGAGGAGCUGGAGAAGGCGAGGCAGCAGCCCUGCCUGCGCCCCCACAUGUAUGACAAGAUGAUAGCCGUGGACCCUUCCGCUCCCACCCCAGAGGAGCACGCCCAGCGUGGCGUGCUGAAGCCCCGCUACAUGCAAUGGAGGGAAUCGCUCAGCUCCACCAGCUCCCUCGGGUUCCGCAUCGAGGGCAUCAAGAGGGCCAGUGGCACCUGCAGCACCAGCUUUAAGAGGACCCGGAAACCUGAGCAGGUCGUGGAGGCCUUUUGGGACUUCCUGGACAAGGACAAACGCCUACUGAGCAGCUACCUGGACCAGCUGCAGGAGGUGAGGGCGGCACUGGAUCAGUCCAAGUUCUUCGAGGCACAUGAGGUGGUAGGCAGCUCCCUCCUUUUUGCGCAUGACAAAACGGGCCUUGCCAGAGUCUGGAUGAUUGACUUUGGCAAGACGGUGCCGCUGCCUGACAAACAGACCCUGACCCACCGGCUGCCCUGGGUGGAAGGCAACCGUGAAGAUGGAUACCUGUGGGGCUUGGAAAAUCUCAUGGCAAUCAUGCAGAGCAUGCUGGGGAAACCAGACAGCGCCACGGACACAAGCCCGACGUAACCAGAGGAGCAACAUAUUGCCAGCUUACUCCCAGUGACUCUUGACUUAGUUUCAGCCAGAGAAGAGACGCCAGGAAUGUCUAGGCUGGGACUGCAGCUACCCAGAAAACCUGGCAGCAGCAUUCCGAAUGCCCAGCAGUCAAUCUUUAUGGAAGCGCAGGUGGCCAGAGGCCCCCAGGAGAGAGUUGGCCUGUCUCUUGGAAGCCGCAACCCCAAUGUACAGAGAAUACCCUGGCGCUUUGAGAAGGCAGCAAAGCUACAAUUUUUGAACGAGCGGAAGGAAGAGAGUUAAGAGUACCAAUGCUGACAUUUCUUCUUAAAAGAGGAGGGGGCACUUCUCAAACACCCAUCAAUCAAGAGGCUUUAUGGUGCAUCUUUCCAUGCUUGAAAAAACAGCUCAGGCGAAGAACUUCCAUGUCACGCGCUGGAUGUAAAUGUGUAUAGAAACAUCAUGAUGAAAAUGGUUCCUUUUGACCUUCCUUUCAACCGUAAGACGUGCCCUGUCUCUGCACUAGGAAUACAAAGGGGGAUCGCUAGGAAGGCUCUUAUUUAUUGGUUCCCCUUCAUUAACCAAUCAAAAGAACACCUAGAAUGGCAAGUCUGAUUGGGGAGGCUUGCAGGGCUGAUUAAAUAAAUACGUUCAAACGAU